UAGAAGACCAUAUGAAUGUGACAAUAACUUCACACCAAAUGAAUGUGUUUUACUAUGGAAGCAAAGUGAAGGAGCCCUUUUACAACUCUUAAUACAACCAAACAAACUCUUUCACAAUUCCCUUCCUAAAUCUCCAAAUUUCAACUUUCACUCCACUCGUCUCAGCUCAACUCCAUCCGUCGGUCGGUGAGCCGGACUUAUCUGGAUCUGGCCGGAAUAUUUGUCUUCCCGCCAAUUCUCUCACAGUCAGGACUUAUUCAGCUGCAGCUGCACUAAGAGUUCACAAAGAACAAGUGAGCUGAAAUACUAAGCAGUUGACUCAUGAAGAACGGUAUGGCAGAAUGCGCUGUCUGUCAUUCCAAGCUUGUUUCUCCAUCUGUGAAAACUAUUUCAAGGGCAUAUGAUCGACACAGAAGCAAGAUUUCAUCAAAGCAACGUGCUCUCAAUGUCCUAUUGGUUGUAGGAGAUUGUAUGCUGGUUGGUUUACAGCCUGUUUUGGUAUUUAUGUCGAAAGUGGAUGGAAAAUUCAAGUUUAGUCCCGUAAGUGUCAACUUCUUGACAGAGGCGACAAAAGUCGUCUUUGCAAUAAUAAUGCUUUUAAUCCAGGCCAGGCAUCAAAAGGUUGGAGAAAAGCCACUUCUUUCAAUAUCCACAUUUGUCCAGGCUGCAAGAAACAAUGUCCUUCUUGCUGUACCAGCACUACUCUAUGCCAUAAACAACUACCUAAAGUUCAUCAUGCAGUUAUAUUUCAAUCCAGCAACAGUGAAGAUGCUAAGCAAUCUGAAGGUUUUGGUUAUUGCAGUGCUGUUGAAAUUUAUCAUGAAAAGGCGAUUUUCCGUAAUUCAGUGGGAGGCUCUUGCUUUGCUGCUAAUUGGGAUAAGCAUUAAUCAACUUCGAUCCCUUCCUGAAGGCACCACUUCUUUGGCUCUUCCAGUUACCACAAUUGCCUACAUCUAUACACUGAUUUUUGUAACUGUGCCUUCUAUGGCCUCAGUAUUCAAUGAGUAUGCUUUGAAGAGUCAAUAUGACACUAGCAUAUAUCUCCAGAACUUAUUUCUCUAUGGUUAUGGUGCUAUAUUCAACUUUCUAGCCAUUCUUGGGAUUGCUGUAUUUAAAGGUCCUGGUAGCUUGGAUAUUUUUCAGGGGCAUUCGAAGGCAACCAUGCUUCUAAUUGUUAACAAUGCAGCGCAAGGAAUUCUGUCGUCCUUUUUUUUCAAAUAUGCUGAUACAAUUCUGAAGAAGUAUUCUUCGACCGUUGCAACAAUAUUUACAGGCAUAGCAUCUGCUCUGCUGUUUGGUCAUACACUGACCGUAAACUUUCUUCUUGGGAUUUCUGUUGUUUUCAUUUCAAUGCAUCAGUUCUUUUCACCUCUUUCAAAAGUUAAAGAUGAUCAACAAAACGGGACAGUGGAGUUGAUUGACGUCCGGGAGAACCAUAGCCCUAAAGAUUCAUCCUUUGUAAAUAUGGCAGCAGGAGCAAAUGAGGAGGCAAGUCAUCGAGUAGGACCUGAUGAAAGGCAGCCACUUCUUCCAAGAUGAAGCUACUUGAACUGUCAUUUGUAGCAGCAGAUAUUGUGGUGGAGAGCAUUUACAGUCAUUCAGUGUAAUAUGGAGAAGAAACAGUGUUGUUGUAGUCUCUCUUUUCUUCUCUCUCCAAAAUGUGCUUCAUGGGAUUGUUUCGCUUGGAGAGAAGGAUAUGUGGAUGGAGAGGUUUUAGGUAGACAACAACAAUAGAGUUGUUAUGCAAUACGAAUACGAGCUGUUGUAUUAUAAGUUACAAACACAUGAAUUUUAUUGUAAACAAUUUAGAGUUAUCAAUUCUUUCAUAUAUUCUUGUAAUCAAUUGAAUUUUGAUGAUACACCCGUGGAUGUGUUAGAUUAAA